GGGCUAGAAAGGAUCCAGAGUGCUCUGUGAUCUAUUAGUUCAGUCUAGAAUGAGCUUUGCCUUGGCGGAAGUACUGACGUGUUCACAGCGGAGUAGCGCGAGCGGCGGACAGGCAGCCGAGAGUGACACAGCGGCAGCACCCGGUCAGAAGAAGACAGAAUGUCAGAAGGAGAUAGUUCUGCUGAAUCCAUCCAUGGGAAACCAUCCGCCAUAGCAAGCUUCUUCACACGUCUUGGACAGAUCUACCAGUCAUGGUUGGACAAGUCAACUCCUUUCUCAGCAGUACGAUGGGCGGUCACACUUAUCCUUACAGCAAUAUACAUGAUCAGAGUGUAUAUACUACAGGGGUGGUACAUUGUCACAUAUGCUCUUGGAAUCUACCAUCUCAAUUUGUUCAUUGCUUUUCUCUCGCCGAAAGUGGACCCAUCGUUGCUUGAUGACCCAGACGAUGGUCCAUCACUUCCCACAAAGCAGAAUGAGGAGUUCCGGCCGUUCAUCAGACGGCUGCCGGAAUUCAAAUUCUGGCAUUCUGCGACGAAAGGCAUCAUCAUCGCUAUGAUUUGCACAUUCUUUGAAGCCUUCAACGUGCCAGUGUUCUGGCCUAUCCUUGUGAUGUACUUCAUCAUGCUUUUCUGCAUCACCAUGAAGCGUCAGAUCAAGCAUAUGAUUAAGUAUAGGUACCUGCCCUUCACACAUGGGAAGAGGAUAUACAGAGGCAAGGAAGACACAGGGAAAACCUUUGCUAGUUAAAAACCCUCCCCUUCCCCCCACUCAGAUUAAAGUUAUUGAUGAAGAAUGGUGCGUACAGGGAUUGAAGUUUUGUAAGGGGUUUUUGUUUAUUGUUUUUGACGUUUUGUGGGGAUGCAAAAAAAAAAAAAAUUAAAAAAAGUAGGCUUAUCGGAAAAGAGUUUUGAUCCAUGAUGACAGUGUUGGGUGUUUUGUGUAAAGAGUAAUGCUGCCUUUGAUAAGUGAAAAGUGCAUGGAGUUUGGGUGUUGGAAAGAUUCACGCAAAGUUUACGGAUGAGCGUGGUGCCUCUUUUGUCUUUUGUACACAGACUUAGUUUCAUAGGGAGGAGGAAAACUGGGCGUAUUCACACUGUGCUAUGAUGAUGCUAAUGCUCACAACUGAGCUCUAGAGCUUGGGCUUUUUCAUCAUCAUUCCCCCUCCUCUUUCAUCAAGUAAUAUUGGAAAGCAUUGUAUCUGAUUUCAUUAAUGAUUAGGUGAUCAUUAGGUGGAAAUUAAAGUCAUCAGAUAAGAGCCAGAUGUUCAUCAGCAUCCAGAAAUCUCUCACUAAGCACCUGAUUAUUCCUACACAUGUGCACUGAAGUACUUUUUCUUAACACCCUUCACUGAACUAAAUAAGAGAUUCAGUAUUUAGAUGCAAAAGAGCAAGAUGUUUUGACACUAGUGCCCAACACAGAUUCACCACAUGUCAUUUGCCUUCUUUCUUGAAUGUGCAUUCUCUAUUUUUUUUGUGUGUGCCUAGUAACAUCCUUUCUAGCAGCUUGUAAUUUAACUAGUUAAAUCCCCCUGAUCAUUACGUUGAAAUGUAUUUUGAUGCUCAAUAGAACUAGCUGUACAUUGUAAUAGUUACAUCAUUCCAAACAAAACUUUUUUUCUCUCUCUCUUCUUUUUCAGAGGAAACAUAAGAGUCUUGAGGGCUUUAAAAAAAUGUAAGAAAUGGAUGGAGAGGGUUGACAUUUUUUCUUUUAAUUGACAUUGUUCUGGACCCUUACUGCUAAUAUAGAGAGUUUUUUUUUUUCAGCACUGUAGGUGAGGAUCAAAACAUUUUUUCCUAUUAAUGUGCAUAAUGUUUUAUGGGGGUUUAUAUAUAAAUAUAUAUGUAUAUUUUAAAGGGUAAAUUGAAAUUAUUUUGGAUGUUUUUUUUUCCUUUAGACAUGUGAUUCCAGGUGUUAAUUUUGACAUUAAAUGAAAAUGCAUAAAUUGGAUACUAGAUCUAUAAAUUUCUCAUUAAAGGCAUUGCAUGUCUUUGGUUUACUUGUGUUACUGUUCAAAAGAAAAUGAUUUUAAUAAAUACACUGUAAAUUUUUCACUCCAAAUGCUAUUAAAAGACUGUGUCCCUUCA